AGCAUUCCAUUCGCAUUUUCAGUCCAUUGCGCGUUCAUUCCUCGCAGCUUAUCAAUUCAAGCUUCAAGAUUCAAAAUUUGUUGUUUAUCAUCAUUACAUGGCUGUGAAAAGAGCGGCAUCUCCAGGUGAAGGCAUCGUCAUCUUCCCGUAGGACCUGUCAGCCUUGUGAAUAAUGGAUCUGGCGCAUAAAGCUUCUCUCCAUGUAAAAGAGCUGACGGGUUGGGACAUUCCGGUAAUAUUUGCUGGGUUUUUCACAUUUAUUACCAUAUGCGUGGUAUGGACACGGCUUACGAGCGGCGUGGCAGUAAGCUCGGUGUCGAGUACAUCCAAGCCGCCACCAUCAUUACCGUAUUGGAUACCGCUUUUGGGCCAUCUUCCGCGAUGGUUGUUCGAGUAUGACAAAACACUAAUGGAAACGAAGUAUGCUGCAUGCAUUCCUCUGACAGCUGCUACUAACUCUGCUCAGAGAUGCCUUCGACACGGGCAUAUCUACCUUAAUUAUUGCCACAGAAAAUCAUCACAUCGUGUCAAGUGCAGAUUUAGUUGGACAGAUUCGGACGACACAUAAGGACCGGAUAUCUGAUACGCUAGCUAAGAUGCGUUUUUGGCGCAAUGUCUUCAAUGUUCCCAAGAACGAGCUUGGUCUGUACCACGAACUUGUAUCCGCUAUAAACAUCCCCAUACGAUUCCACCUGAACGCUAAUCUUGGAGUUCCAAAAACCCCAGAGGAAAAUCCGCUACGGAGAAUCCAGGGAAACAUAUCUGACCUUAUCACAUUCAAUGUGCAUCCGAUCGAUCAAGAGCUGUGGGAACGAGUUAGCGCCAUCAGACUGUCCGAAGAUCAAAAGCUAGCCGAAGUAUCACUGUUACCGUUGGUAUUUCUAUUUCUGACGCAUAUGACCACGGAUACGUUCGUAUCGGAGUCUUUGUUGUCUGACCAAGAUCAUCCGGAAGUAGGACCACUCCUUCUUGCGUUCGUGCAGUCUAGCUCUUUGCUUAUGACUGGCUUACCGCGAUGGGUGCCCCAUCCGACGCUUCCAGCCGCUCACAUCACCAGACGGAAUCUCAUGAAGCAUCUCAAUGCGCUGCUUGACAUAACUGAAGACGUCGAGCUGCAGAACAACCUUUUAGCAGCGAGAGGAAGGAUGCUUGAUGAUCACAAAGCACCUCGAAGCAUACGCACAAUCGAAUUACUACGUUUACUGCACGGAAUGAAUACUCCUCACAUUAUAGCAUUUUGGAUGCUUUUACAUAUCAUCUCAGACGCAAAUCUUCUGGAACGCAUUCGUGUAGAAGCAAUCAAAGUUGUUGACAUCGUCCAAGACGGGCCUGUGAUGGGAUUCUCAGUGCCGCCACGGGUUACCCUUGAUAUGUCAGGAUUGCUUGGAGACAAAACACCGCUGCUGAAACGGUGCUGGCUUGAAAGUGCUCGGCUGUAUUCCCGUGGGCAAGGAGCGUGGACAGCGACGGAAGAUUUUGAUCUGAUCGGACAAACUGGUGGCGUCUUCAGCACUAAAAGCCGAUGGAAGAUCGCUAAGGGAGAUUGGAUCGACGCACCGUAUUGGCACAGCAACACCAGUGCAUCGAUGUGGGAAGCACCGGAGAAGUGGAACCCUAACCGACAUGUAGAGGAUGAAGGCAAGGACCUGUUGUUCGAUACAAUGGUUUUCGAUACUCCUGGCCUUUUCGGCAUGAAUGAAGCUAUCAAACCCGCUCGUCUCUUUGCAUUAGCCUUUGUAGCCAGUGCUGUGUUACUAUACGACUUUGAGACAGAUCCCAAGAAGGGGAUACCCGAUUCGCAAUUCGCACCCGGUGUUGCUCUACCCGCAUUCGAUGUCCGCGUGCGUGUGCGAAGGCGCGUCUAUGCAUAAGUUCAUAUCUUGUUAGAUACAAAAGCACAAACUAGAUGUUGUUUCCGCAAUGUCUAUCUGAAACCUGUGUAUUAUUGAAUACUCCAUUAAUUUCAACCAUCAGAUCACCAGGGUCCGAUCGAAGCAUGGUGACAUAGUUCCUUGAAUGCGCGAUUUCAGUGCGUGAUUUCUCUCUCGAGCU